AUGUUAAUAAAGCCUCCUCUUCAAAUCGAGUCCUAUAAUCGGUGCUGUGAAGUUUCUAUUAAUACCCUAGAAGUUGAUCAACUGCUUGAUAAUCAAGUUGGAAAGGCAGAUCAAUCAAGUGAUGUUCAUGAAAUAACUACUACUGAUAACGCUGCGAAAAUUGCUUCUACAACUUUUACUGAUAUCGCAGCCCUCUAUUUUCCUGUAAUCGGAUCGGCGAAGAUUUUAGUUGAUGAAAUUCUUAAAAUAU